AAUGGAACAAGUUUUUAAGACUGAUUUUAAUUUUCCCGGUAAUAUAAUAGAUCUGACCGAUUCUUAAUAAGAACAUGAAGAUGAUUCACUGUAGAAUAAACCCCUUGAUGGACUUACAGAAAGAAUAUUGAGAAAACGAAAAAAUGGACCUUUACAUUAAUCAUUAUAUGAACAAUUAAUCUAAGAUCCUAUAUAUUAAAGCUGUGUUUAAAAUGAAUUCCUAUUCAUCAAACAUCUUGAGUCACUAGGGUUCACUGACAUAUAUGACUAUUUGAAAUAUUGUAAUAAACAUGGGCUACUCCUUGAAGAAGAAGCAUUCAAAAGUAUUCUUAAAAUAUGAAUUCUAGAAAAUAACCUUAAACCUCCUUAAUAGAAAUAUAACAUAUACUAAUGCAAAAUUAUUCACGAUAAAAACACAGAUUUCAAAAAUAUUUAACAAAUUUUGAGUGGAAUGAAAUAACUAAAAAAGACAAUGAAGCUUGAGUAAAAAUGCAAAAAGAAUCUAAAUAUUGAAUUCUUUACUAGCAAUGAUACAAAAAGUUUUGUUAUUCAUUCAACAAAAUAACAUAGAUAUUUAGCGCCAAAUUUAAUUAAUAAAAUGCUCUAUGAAGUUGAACCUUUAGACUAAAAUAUUGAUGAAACAUUAAUUUAGUAUUGCUGGAGAUAGUACAGAAAGUUUUAUAAAAAAUGUCAAGCAGAAUAUGAUGUGAUGAUAAAUGAAAAUGAUAAUGAGUUUGAAGGUGAAUUUAGUGAAACUCAUCAAAUUGAUUAUGAUUAGAUCUCACAUGAUUCUUUAGCUCCUUACUUUAAAGUUCCUCCUUACAAAAGAAAACCUCAAUAUCGAUCUAUGAAUUUGUGUUACAAAAUAUAACAUUUGAAAAUUGUAUAGUUUUCUGUUAUUUGA